UGAAAACGGCGCUGCCACAAAGCCCGGCACAGAAGAUACUAGAGACUCCACAGAGACACAGCACAACAUUACCCCAUGCCAAACUACAAACUGAUUUAUUUCAAUAUGAGGGGGAGAGCAGAGAUUAUUCGUUACAUAUUUGCUUAUUUGGACAUAAAAUAUGAAGAUCACAGAAUAGAGCCAGCCGACUGGCCUAAAAUCAAAUCAACUCUUCCAUUUGGCAAGAUCCCUGUUUUGGAAGUCGAUGGACUUACUCUACACCAGAGCCUGGCAAUAGCGAGAUACUUGACCAAAAACACAGAUCUGGCUGGUGAAACAGACAUGGAGCAGUGUCAAGUGGAUGCUGUUGUAGACACCUUGGAUGAUUUCAUGUCUCGUUUUCCUUGGGCAGAGAAGAAACAAGACAUAAAAGAUCAGGUGUUUCAGGACCUGCUGACACACGAUGCACCUCACCUUCUGCAGGAUUUGCACGCAUACUUAGGGGACAGUGAGUGGCUGAUCGGUAACUCUGUAACUUGGGCAGAUUUCUACUGGGAUAUUUGCAGUACCACACUUCUGGCCCUGAAGCCUGACUUGCUGGACAUGUACCCCAGGCUGGAGGCUUUACGAAAGAAAGUCCAGGCCAUUCCUGCCAUCGCUGACUGGAUACAGAGAAGACCCCAAACCAGACUGUAGCUCUGCCAUGCCUCCUGCCGGCUCUGCCAUUUGCAGCCAUCUGCCCCCCACCAAAGGAGCCAGCCGCACCUGCCAGCCACCCACAUCC